AUGGCAGGCCGUAUUCUUCAAUUCUUAUCUGGCCUCACCCUACUUCUCACAAUAUGUCAAGCUGCGGUCAUAGAAAAAUACUUCAACAUGACAUGGGUGAUGGCCAAUCCUGACGGAAUGCAGGAGAGAAAAGUAAUUGGUGUUAACAAUACAUGGCCGCUCCCUGUUCUGGAGGUCAACAAGGGUGAUCGACUCAUUGUCCAUGUCUACAACGGCCUUGGAGAUAAAUCGACGAGUAUUCACUGGCACGGCUUGUUCCAAAAUUCCACAAACGAAAUGGACGGACCGUCAAUGCAGACCCAAUGUCCCAUUGUUCCCGGCGCAUCCUUCACAUAUGAUUUCACGGUGGACCAAAGCGGAACGUAUUGGUACCAUUGUCACACCGACCUUUGCUAUCCCGAUGGCUACCGACAGAUGCUGCUCGUCCACGAUGACGAUGCCUGGUUCACGAACCAGUACAAGGAAGAAUUCGCGGUCACUGUCAGCGACUGGUACCACAACCUGGUAGAAGACAUCACGUUCAUCUCUCUGUCGAACCCGACUGGUGCCGAACCUAUUCCGUCCAACUUCCUUUUCAAUGACUCGAUCGCGAAUACGAAGCUCUCGGUGGAACCAAACACCACCUACUUAUUGAGAAUCGUCAACACGGGUGCAUUCGUUGCUCAAUACUUCUACAUCGAGGAUCACGACUUCACGAUUGUCGAGGUCGAUGGUGUGUUUACCGAGCCACAACAGGCUAGCUUGAUUUACGUGGCUGUUGCCCAGCGUUAUUCUAUCCUGUUUACAACGAAAGCCUCUACUUCUCGCAAUUACGGUCUUGUCACUAUCGCGGAUCAAGUACUGCUGGACGGUAUCCCGGAUACACUGAGCCUCAACCAAACCAACUGGCUUCAGUACAACUCCUCGGCUGCUUUCGACCCAGUCAAUGUGACGCUUAACGUUGUGGACGAGAACCCCGCCUUCGAUGACUACUCUCUUGUCCCAUACGACAAGGAACCCCUUUUCGCAAAUCCUAGCAAAGUCAUCAACUUGACCGUGUCGAUGGGCAUCCUCGAGAAUGGCAAGCCGUACGCCUUUUUCAACGACCAGACUUACACUAAGCCCAAGGUACCCAGUCUCUACACUGCUCUCACUUCUGGCGAGGAAGCCACCAACGAGGCUGUGUAUGGUGAUUAUACCAAUGCUUUUGUUCUUGACCAUCUCGAUGUAGUGGAGGUUGUUCUCACUAACAACGACGGAGGCAGUCAUCCAUUCCAUUAUCAUGGACAUAAUUUCCAAGUCGUCAGCCGCUUUCCGUCUUACGGCGAGGACUUUUACUCGCUAGCCAACAACGUCAACCCUCAGGCUUACGAUCCCAACAAUCACACCGCAUUCCCUAAGUAUCCUAUGCGUCGCGAUGUUGCAGUUCUCCCGCCGAUGGGCAAUCUUGUCAUUCGCUUCGUUGCGAAUAAUCCUGGAGUGUGGGCUUUCCACUGUCAUAUCGACUGGCACAUGCAACAGGGCCUGGCUGCUACCUUCAUCGAAGCACCGCUCGAGAUGCAGAAGAGGCUCAGUGUUCCAGACGAUCACUUUGCUGCUUGCAAGGCCGCCGGCAUGCCGUACGCAGGAAAUGCGGCUGCCAACACAAAAGACAUCCUAGACCUAAGCGGGCAGAACAAACCGGCUCGUCCGGUCCCUGCAGGUUUCACGGCCAGGGGCAUCGUAGCUCUGGUUUUCAGCUGCGUCGCAGCGUUUGCAGGCCUGGCGGCAAUCACCUGGUACGGAAUGGCACCGCUUAGUUCGAGCGAGCAAGUCUCCAUGGUCGCUUCGCAUCUUCGCACAAGUGAUGAGUGA